UGCUUCCAAUGCUUUCCUGGUGCUCCCAAUCCACAACGUGCUCUGUUUCAUUCCAGAGUUAUAUACCGAAGCUUCAUGCACAUUUCCAAGAUAUUUGUGUGUCUCCCGCCGACUGCAAGUCCUGUUGGCGGACAUUAAGGGCGCGCCCGCGCCGCCCAGCACCUUGUCCACUCCGUCCCUCUUGCGGCAAUGGCCACUGGUGAUAAUGGAUGCUAGAAUGCUUCCACAAAUCUUGCCUGCUGAAAUGGUCUGGAUCUCUAUCUCAUAACCCGGCCUCUAGCCUCUCUUUCUUCUGGACGGCAUAGGGAUAACGGCCUGAAGCCCCUGGGAAUCUGCCAACAUGGGGCAAGGCUACUCUAUGACCACGCUGUCUGCGGCGUCGGCGACUAUCGAUGUUCCAGAACUUGCUGAUCUCGUGCACGAAAAGACAUUGACCUCGGCCCGGUUUAUGAAGAGCAUCAGGGCGCGGAGCCAACAAGGUUUCGUCUUCGUCAAGGCUGUGAUGAAACCAUACUCGUCGUUUCAAGUCCACGAGUAUGUGAAACAGAUCACACACGAGAGGAAUAUCCUUGCCGAUAUUCCCAACGCCCUGGGAUACCAGCGGAUUGUCGAAGUUGGCAGUGGAGGAUACCUUGUCCGUCAGUAUAUGUUCAGCUCGGUGUACGACCGCCUGAGCACUCGUCCCUUCCUCGAGGACAUCGAAAAGAAAUGGCUGGCUUAUCAGUUGCUUUGCGCCGUUCGAGACUGCCAUGCCCGAAAUGUCUAUCAUGGCGACAUCAAGACAGAAAACCUCCUGGUCACAUCGUGGAACUGGCUAUAUCUCACCGAUUUCUCGUCAUCAUUCAAGCCAACUUAUCUUCCCGAAGAUAAUCCGGCGGACUUCUUCUUUUACUUUGACACAUCGAGCCGGCGCACAUGUUACAUCGCGCCCGAAAGAUUCACAACGGCGAAUUCGGAGGAGCAGCAGGGCGGAAUGAACUGGGCUAUGGAUAUGUUUAGUGUUGGCUGCGCCAUCGCCGAGAUAUUCCUUGAGGGGCCUAUCUUCAACCUGAGCCAGAUUUUCAAGUAUCGAGCCGGAGAGUACAGUCCAGAGCACACACUCCUUGACAAGCUUGAAGACCCCGAGCUACGCGCCAUGAUUCUCAACAUGAUUGAAUUGGAUCCAGAAAAGCGCUACAAUGCUGAACAGAUCCUCUCCUUCUACCGAUCCAAAAUCUUCCCCGAGUACUUUUACAGCUUUCUGCACCAAUACAUGUUCGAUCUUUCCAGGUCGGCAACAUCAGCAAAACCAGUUGGCCUGGACAUGGCAAGCCUGAGUGAAUGUGAUGAGAAAAUAGACCGCGUCUACUACGACUUCGACAAAAUAUCUUUUUUCCUGGGCUAUGGCCCGGGUCCUCCCAAAAGACCUUCACGCUCACCUUUGACUCUACGGUCUGGCAACAGGAUAAAGGCACCUGAAUCAGACCCUUCUCUGUAUAACGGCAGCCUCAUUUUUCUCACGCUAGUUGUCUCAAGUAUGAGAAACACUGCCAGAGCCUCUGCAAGACUCAAGGCCUGCGAUCUUCUGGUGGCUUUUGCAGAGAGACUUCCGGAUGAGGCGAGGCUGGACCGCGUUCUUCCGUAUGUGGUGAGCCUACUGGCUGACAGUUCCGACGUCGUCAAAGCGUCCGCAAUCCAUGCAAUGACCUCGAUCUUCGAGAUGGUUGAAGUUGUUUCGCCAAUCAAUGCAUAUGUUUUCCCUGAGUACAUCUUUGCUAGAUUGCGACAAUUUGUCCUUGGGCCUUCGACCGAACCCAGCGUUCUUGUUCGCUCUGCCUAUGCUUCCUGUCUGGCAUCGCUGGCUCUGUCUUCCUCCCAGAUACUAGACAUGGUCCAUGCGAUCCGUGCUGAUGGAAGGCUCCCAGCUCUACGCGAAGACGACUGGGCUCCCGAGGCAUCAUACCACGGUCUAUAUGACGUUGCCAGGGCCGAGUUGACACCUCAUUUCGAGGAGUCGACCGUCGCCCUUAUAACUGAUCCCGAGCCUUCAGUGAGAAGAGCGUUGCUGGGGUCUGUUUCCCGGCUGUGUGUCUUCUUCGGCAGUUCGAAAGCUAGCGAUGUGAUUCUCACACAUCUCAACACGUACCUAAACGACAAGGACUGGAUUCUGAGGUGCUCAUUCUUCGAAGCCCUUGUAGGCAUUGCGUCUUAUGUUGGGACAGCCAGCCUCGAAAGGUUCAUUUUGCCUAUAAUGGUUGGUUCGUUGGCAGAUCCUGAGAAUUUUGUGGUCGAGAAGGUAUUCCGCUCACUCGCUCGGAUGGCUGCGUUGGGUUUGUUACAGAAAUCUACAACUUGGGAGCUUGUCAAUAUUGCCGCCCGGUUCUUACCUCACCCCAGUAUCUGGGUGCGUGAAAGUGCAGUGCAGUUCAUCACUUUGUCUGCAAAAUACAUAUCACCAGCCGAUCAAUACUGCAUAGUCCUUCCCAUGAUUCAGCCAUUUUUGAAAGCUCCAGUCCAGGCGCUUACAGAGGAUCGCCUUCUGGAUAACCUGAAACGACCGCUUCCAAAGAGAGUCUUUGAUUCGGCACUUAACUGGGCAUCGAGAAAAUCCAACAGUUUAUUCUGGACCGCCGCAUCCCGAGAUGAAGCUUUGAGCUUGUCCGAUCCUUUGGUACCGCAAAACUCUCCAGCGUUGUCAAGGAGGCUGUUGAGCAGGAUACCGCCAUCCCAAAAAGACAAAGACGAUCAAAUGUCGCUCGAGACUUUGCGCAACCUGGGGAUGACGCCCGAAGACGAGAUCAAACUUCUCGCUCUCAGGGAAUAUAUACUGCGAGUCUCCAAAUACAAGCCAUCAGUGGAUUCGGAGGAAAGAAAUCAAAUGCUGAACGACAUCAUCGCCUUGAACUCCAUUGAUGUUACUCCCCAGACCGUUUUCUUUGACCAGCGUGAAGCGCUACGUGAGACCAAACCUCGAUCAGCCACCACAACGAUGCAGAUGAAACCUCGCUCGGACGCACGUCAUACCUUGGCCGAUGCUCUCCUUGAUGCAUCCACGAGCAUCGAUGAGCGACUAACGAGCCGACAUUCACCUUCAGCCAAUGCAAGUGGUACAGCUACCCCUUCAAUGAAAACGGUUGAAAUAAGGAACCGUACCGCUUCCGCUGCAGCCAAUGGCACUAGCCCAGCAAUAAGCGUGACAAGCGCGAGUAAUACCUCACGAUCCAGGGUUCCGAUGGCGGGCAAUUCUCCUUCCACAGUGGAGAGGCUCUCACUAAGGCAGGGCACCACUCUUGAACUCAAGCAUCGUAACAGUGGCCUAAAUCUGAUGAAUCGUACCGACUCUGCAAAAGCAGAUGCAGAAACUUCCACAACCUCGGAGAACGCCUUUGGAAAGGUCGAUGGGCCGCCCCACCAGCAAAGUACGAAGCCAUCCGGCCUCAGCGUCGCUGUCAGCCUUGCGGGACAAUCUGGAUCAGUGUCACCUCGCAGUGGUGGAACUAGAACCCCACAAUAUGAACCAAAUCAUUCAUAUACAGGAACCGAUGCAAAUGUUCUCCGCCUGCUGGAAAAUCAUUUCGUGGACAAUUUUCCUGUCGACCAGGUGGAUUUUGGGGGCAACCGUCCUCCGGCUGAUAGCAAACUACCCAUCAGAAGAGCCGCAGACGUCAUCCAGCAACAGAGUGGUAAAUCACAUCAACAAGAACAUGGUUACCGGACAGAACCGUGGCGCCCGUCCGGUCAAUUGCUCACGCAGUUUUCCGAACAUACGGCCGCCAUCAAUCGUGUAUGCGCUGCCCCGGACCAUGCCUUCUUUAUCACUGCUUCGGAUGACGGCACUUGCAAAGUGUGGGACACAAUCAGGUUGGAAAAGAAUGUUACGCCCCGCUCGAGGUAUACACAUCGCCAUGCGGAUGGGGCAAAAGUCAAAAGUCUAUGCUUUGUUGAGGGCACCCACACAUUCCUCAGUGGUGCGGAUGACGGUAGUAUACAAGCUGUGCACAUUGACUACAGGAGCGUCGAUGGUGGUGAAAGCUCCAGGUAUGGGAAACCGACUCUUGUCCGUGAUUACCACAUCCCUUUGGACCGGGACAAACAGAGCGUAAAGGAGCAGGGCGUCGGGCCUGACCAGUCUCUUCCCGAGUAUGCUGUUUGGCUGUAUCACUACCGGACGCAGACAUCACGGUCUAUUCUACUAGCUGCAACAAACAAGUGUCGUAUCCUCGUUAUCGACAUGAAAACGAUGGACAUCAUCCACAGUAUGAAUAAUCCUGUGCACCAUGGGACGCCGACGACCUUUUGCGUCGACAGAAAGCACCAUUGGCUUUUACUAGGGACGAGUCAGGGAAUUUUGGAUCUGUGGGAUCUAAGAUUCAAGCUUCGCCUUAGAGGCUUCGGCAUACAAACGAAUUCGCGCAUUGAUCGGUUGCUGCUGCACCCCACGAAGGGGCAUGGCCGCUGGGUUAUGGUCAGCGCAGGCGGGGAGAUCAGCGUCUGGGACAUUGAAAAGAUGGUGUGCCGAGAAGUCUUGAGACCUUAUACAUUCAAGCCAAAAGGUGGCAAGGCCAGACCCUACGAGGCAUGGGACCCGGACGAGGAGAAUAACGAGAAAAUGUUGCAGCGUUUUGCGGAAGAGCUUGAAGUCGAGGGACACGUUCAUGUGCCCAAUCUUCCGAAUGAAGGGCUUGACGGUUCUUCGGGAAGAAAGCAGUCGACAUUGAGGGAUUCAACCUCUGCUGUUUCAUCGCUCCCGAUACUCGCCAUGUACAUCAUGAAUGACUACCUUCUGAACUCUUCGCAGCCGGAUAACCCAUACAAGCACCCUCUAUUGCUCACCGGUGGCGCUGAUCGUGUCUUGCGGUAUUGGGACAUCCAACGACCAGAAAACAGCUUCAUCAUCUCUGAACCCCAGCUCUAUUCCGACGAAGGUACUGUGGCGAAACCGAGGUACGAAGUCAGCCAUCCUUUGGCUUUAAGUGCCGGCGCUCAAAUAGCCCUGGUACAGGAGGCAUGGGGUGAUGAAAGCACAGGGGAUAGAGAUGGAUCCAAAAAGCCACCUUUAUCAUCCCGAAAUUCUACAGCGACUCCAGCGCGAUUUUCCUCCCCUGCGAAAGCCGCCGCCACGACAGCCACCGGUCACUCGACGCCCAGUAAGGGCGGAUCUGCGAGUCCAGUAGCGGUGACGACAUCGAGGAUGGCUUCUACAUCUGCGCCGUCCAAGCCUCCGCGCAGUACCAUCAUCAGUGUGGCUCAACAGCAAUUAUUGCGAACCCAUGCCGACGUUAUCACGGACGUUAUUGGCUUGCGGAAGCCAUACGGGUGCGUGGUCAGUGUAGAUCGUGGCGGGAGCAUUUUUGUCUUCCAUUGAGGACGUCUCGCUUGAGAGUGACGGACUACAUUGCGGCGCCGUGGGUAUAGAGCCCGAGGAGAAUACGGCCUCAGUUAUAUAUAGACUGGUACAUGCAGCCCGAGUAGAGGUGAUUCGCAAUGACAGAACAACAAGGGCACAUUGUGAUCUCUGCUGUCCAUCGGUAUCAGCAAUGUGCAUUGUAGUUCAGUUUGAUCUUUGACAUGAACGCUGUCAAUACUACCAAUCCUGUUCUACAGUAUAGUAAUAGUAGAACUCCCAGUCGAACUUAAGAGUGAAGUACUUGUAUGUGGC